AUGCCGCAACGCGUCGCGGAAGUGUCGCUCGUCUUUUUGCUGCUGUACUGCGGUACGGCAGUCGUUCUGUGGAUGGAGUGGAUGGACAUGGAGACCGAUGUGGCAGUCGACUCGGCACUGCCGUUCACGGACGCGAACGUGCGAAGAGCUGGCGACGAUCGUGAUUUCGACACGGAGAGCAGGACGUUCCUACGUCGGCCGUGGAAACGAGGCGAGUUCAAGUGUCUCGGGUGGGUGGAGACGGACGACGACGGCAACGAAGUGGGGACGCGAAAAGAGUGCUGGCAACGCAUUCGAGCGGGUGACGCUGGCUACUGCGAGGUGCUGAACACGACGUCAGGAGAGACGUUCCACGUGAUGCACACAACACGUCUGUCCUUGAAAGACGAGGCUCGAUUCACGUGUGAGCUGGCCAAGGCCUUUUCCGCGUUCCAAGUGCAUGCUGCAGCGUAUCGCCACGACCCGCCGAUGACACUUGGACGCUCUGACACGCAAGGAAUCGUCAUGGCGGUCUAUGGAGACGUACUGCCGAGCGCGUUUGCCAGUAUCCGUCGGUUGCGAGAUACUGGGUGCACGCUUCCCGUAGAGCUUUGGUUCCGGUACGACGAACUCACGCCAGACAAUCCCGUGCUGGUGCUGCUGCAAGAACAGUUUGGACCCGUGCAGUUGCGCCAGGUGUUUGACGACCGCAUCCACGGCUUCAACGUCAAAGUCCAUGCUCUCUACUAUUCCCACUUUACGAGCGUGUUGCUGCUGGAUGCCGACAAUUUUGCCGUGAAGGAUCCGACACAACUCUUCUCUUCUUUGGCGAUGCAGAGCUAUGGCGCUGUGUUUUGGCCCGACUUCUGGCAUCCGGGAAACUCCAUCUUUAACCUCCAUGCGCAAAGUCUUGUGUGGGAGCUAGUAGGACUCGACUACGUGGACAUGCUGGAACAGGAAAGCGGUCAGCUACUGGUGAAUCGGGAAAUGCACAGGCAAGUGCUCGACCAGCUGCUUUACUACGCGACCCACCGACCGGGUCUGUUCAGAAAGCUAAAGCUCGUCUGGGGUGACAAAGACCUCUUUCGCUUAGCGUGGCUGCAGAAGAAAAAGCCCUUCUACUUCAACAACCACCGCAUGCCCGGAGCACUCGGGGUCAUAAACCAGAGUCGCAAACGUUUCUGCGGGGUCACGAUGGUGCAAUACGACUUGGACGGGAAAGACAUGAUGUUCUGGCACCGCAACACGAUCAAACUGAGCGGCCGUGACGAUGACAGAAUCGUCUGGCACGUGCUCCAAGAGAUGCCUGCGUUCAUGGAAAUGGACAGCUUCCCGCUUCCCAGGAUCCAGUCAUUCAAUGGCAACAAACUGUUCAACAAAACCUCUUGCUUUGGUGUAAAGCGCUAUGAGAUGAAUGCGCACGUCCAGAUGAAGCGAGUCGAUGAACUUGAUGCAGGCAUCGUCUCGCUAGAAAACACGUUGAUCAGAUACGCGCGCCAGGCACAUCAACUCAUUCACACCGAGAACGACGGCACUGUAUCUGGAGCGGUUGCAUACCACGAAGCCUGA